AUGAAGGAGAAGUCCAAGAAUGCGGCCAAGACCAGGAGGGAGAAGGAAAAUGGAGAGUUUUACGAGCUGGCCAAGCUGCUCCCGCUGCCGUCGGCCAUCACCUCGCAGCUGGACAAGGCGUCCAUCAUCCGACUCACCACCAGCUACUUGAAGAUGCGGGCCGUCUUCCCCGAAGGUUUAGGAGACGCGUGGGGACAGCCAUGCCGCGCCGGGCCCCUGGACAGCGUCGCCAAGGAGCUGGGAUCGCACUUGCUUCAGACUUUGGAUGGAUUUGUUUUCGUGGUAGCGUCUGAUGGCAAAAUCAUGUAUAUAUCGGAAACAGCUUCUGUACAUUUGGGCUUGUCGCAGGUGGAACUCACGGGCAACAGCAUUUAUGAGUACAUCCAUCCUUCCGACCACGACGAGAUGACAGCGGUCCUCGCGGCCCACCAGCCUCUUCACCAUCACCUGCUCCAAGAGUAUGAGAUCGAGAGGUCGUUCUUUCUGCGGAUGAAGUGUGUCCUGGCAAAAAGAAAUGCAGGCCUGACGUGCAGCGGCUACAAGGUCAUCCACUGCAGCGGCUACCUGAAGAUUAGGCAAUAUAUGCUGGACAUGUCCCUGUACGACUCGUGCUACCAGAUUGUGGGGCUGGUGGCCGUGGGCCAGUCGCUGCCGCCCAGUGCCAUCACAGAAAUCAAGCUGCACAGUAACAUGUUCAUGUUCAGGGCCAGCCUCGACCUGAAGCUGAUAUUCCUGGAUUCCAGGGUGACCGAGCUGACCGGGUAUGAGCCACAGGACCUGAUCGAGAAGACCCUCUACCAUCAUGUGCACGGCUGCGAUGUGUUCCACCUCCGCUACGCGCACCACCUCCUGCUGGUGAAGGGCCAGGUCACCACCAAGUACUACCGGCUGCUGUCCAAGCUGGGCGGCUGGGUGUGGGUGCAGAGCUAUGCCACCAUCGUUCACAACAGCCGCUCGUCCCGGCCGCACUGCAUCGUGAGUGUCAAUUAUGUCCUCACGGAUAUUGAAUACAAGGAGUUGCAGUUGUCCCUGGACCAGGCGUCGACGUCCAAGUCCCAGGACUCCUGGAGGACUGCCUUGUCUACCUCACAAGAAACUAGGAAAUUAGCGAAGCCCAAAAAUACAAAGAUGAAGACAAAGCUGAGAACAAACCCUUACCCCCCACAGCAAUACAGCUCGUUCCAAAUGGACAAACUGGAAUGCAGCCAGCUGGCAAACUGGAGAGCCAGCCCCCCGGCGACCGGCCCGGCACCCCCAGAACAGCAGCUCCAUUCAGAAAGCAGCGACCUUUUGUACGCCCCAUCCUAUAGCCUGCCCUUCUCCUACCAUUACGGACACUUCCCUCUGGACUCUCACGUCUUCAGCAGCAAAAAGCCAAUGUUGCCGGCCAAAUUCGGGCCGCCCCAAGGAUCCCCGUGUGAGGUGGCACGCUUUUUCCUGAGCACGCUGCCAGCCGGUGGUGAAUGCCAGUGGCAUUAUGCCAACCCCCUAGUGCCUAGCAGCCCGUCUCCAGCUAAAAACCUUUCUGAGCCGCCAGUGAACAGUGCUCGGCACGGCCUGGUGCCAAACUACGAAGCGCCCGCCGCCGCGCGCAGGUUCGGCGAGGACACCGCGCCGCCGCCGCCGCCGCCGAGCUUCCCGAGCUGCGGCCACUACCGCGAGGAGCCCGCGCUGGGCCCCGCCAAGGCCGCCCGCCCGGCCGCCCGCGAUGGGGCGCGGCUGGCGCUGGCCCGCGCGGCUCCCGACUGCUGCGCGCCGCCGGCCCCCGAGCCCCCGGGCGCGCCUGCGCAGCUGCCCUUCGUGCUGCUCAACUACCACCGCGUGCUGGCCCGGCGCGGGCCGCUGGGGGGCGCUGCGCCCGGCGCGCCCGCCCUCGCCUGCGGCCCCGGCGCCCCCGAGGCGGCGGCCGGCGCGCUGCGGCCCCGGCCCCCCGGCCCCGCCGCCGCCUCCCCGCCCGGGGCGCCGCUGCCGCACUACCUGGGCGCCUCGGUCAUCAUCACCAACGGCAGGUGA